GCAGGUAAACGUGGCUUCACGCUCGUCUGGUCUGCAGGGCUGUCGGGCGACUACCACUUCCGUGCGCUUCAGGACCCUGUUAAUGCGGGGCCCGACAUCGAUGAUGACGUAUCGACGCCUUCAGAUCACAGCGAACGAUUUGGCUUUCGCAACGACUGCGUCCAAAAACAUCACAGCAUCGGAUGUGGUGCAGUGCGCGAGAAUGUCUGCUUUGGCAAAUAUGACUGCCUUCGCGUUCGAUGGAACCUGCACGGCUUACCAAAUCAAAUGGAAGCCUUGCUCAUGUCCUGAUGGCGAGAAAGUCAUUUACGUGGCGAAUUCCAGCAUUUCCUACGGACCACCUGCAACUGUGCCUUUCAGCACCGCUCCCUACAUCAACACCACUGUCGAAAAAAUCGAAUUAAAGCAGUACCAGCUCGUGAAUUUCUUCUCGGAUAUCUUUUCUCAAGCUUUGAAAUCAUUUGAGGGAGAUGCGGUCAAAAAUUAUGCGGACGAUUUCGUCUUUCCUCGAAAAGAUGGCGGUUACAACUCUGCUCCUUUCUCUGUUUUGGACGUGGCUUCUUGCGUCACCGACACCCCACGCGGGAUGCCCGUCCUCGUCAGCACAAUUCAUCCGACUUAUUACAUACGUGAGCACAGGAGUACAUGA